AUGAUUCUCGGCUCUGAGAUGAUUCCCUGGCAUAUGCUGGAGCUGAAGGAAUCCUUGGUACCUUGCCAGGGAUUGCUGUUCCUCCUGACAGCCCUGGCCGUGGAGUACGCGGCUUCCCAGCGCCUUGUGCAGGUUGCGCCCGAGAUCGCCGACGUGGUUAGGAUCGUGAGCGCCUCUGCGCCGAGCAUCGAGAAGCACUCCGCCUCCCGUGCGUACGAGCUCUACCUUAGGCGUCGGGCGGAGUGUCACCAGUGGCGCUUGGUGCGCGACGACUUUCGGCACCGUGCCGUCAUUCGACUCUGCUGUAUGGCCGGCACAGAGACGAAAGCGUGGGAAGAGAUCAAGAAGGCCGUGGAAGGUCUCCCCGAAGCCGCACGGGGGAGGAUCGAGAACGAGCUGGGGCUGAAGGAUGGCGUCACGAGCAUGCCCGCCUUCGUCCUGGACGGGGGCUCUCAGUUCAUGGCGCAGGUCGGUAGCAAUCCACACCUGGACUACCAGUCGGGGGUGCACCUGCUGGCCAGAGUGUUAGAGGAGUUGGCGGAGAAGUACGACGAGACCGCUGUCCCACAAUUGCAGGUUCAGAUGUCUGACUUGGCAGCCAAAGCGCAGGGGCACGACGGCUCGACCCCGCUGCAGGACCUCUCCUUCUCCGUGGAGCAAGUGGGACCGACGCUUCUCCGCGUGACCUGCUGA